AUGAACCGCGUGACGGGCAUGCGCGUCUCCCGCCUGACGUACGGGAAUAAGAUGGAGCUCAAGAAGCGAGUAUUGGUGCUGGGGACUGGGUAUGUAUCGGCUCCUGCUGUUGAGUACCUGACACAGGACCCUGGGACUCAGGUCACUGUAGCCUCGGUCAUGAUGAAUCAGGCGGAGGAGCUCGCUGCCAGAUACCCCAACACUACCGCCGUGAUGCUGGAUGUCACGAGCCAGCAGAGCCUCCUUGAGUCUCUGGUCAAGGACCAUGAUGUUGUUAUCAGUCUGCUUCCUUACCAGCAUCACGCCAUGAUUGCUGAACAUUGCAUCAGGAAGAAGGUGAAUUUGGUGACUGCCAGCUAUGUUUGUCCUGCCUUGAGAGAGCUUCAUAGUCGUGCGGAAGAGGCUGGCAUCACCGUGGUGUGUGAGAUGGGGUUGGACCCGGGCAUUGACCACAUGCUGGCCAUGGAGUGCAUUGACCAGGCCAAGGAGGAAGGGUGCACUGUGGAAUCCUACAUCUCGUACUGUGGGGGCCUCCCUGCCCUAGAGAGUGCAGGAAACCCCCUGCGCUACAAGUUCAGCUGGAGUCCUCGUGGAGUUCUGCUCAACACCCUUAACCCGGCCACCUUCGUAAAGGACAAUAAGGUUAUGAGCUUCCCGCCAGGAGGCACUCUGCUCGAAGCCGCUGCUCCUAUGGACUUCAUGCCAGGCUUCGACCUCGAGGGCCUCCCCAACCGCGACAGCACCACGUACGCCCGGCUGUACGGCAUCGAGUCGGCCCACACAGUCAUUCGGGGGUCGCUCCGCUACCGGGGCUUCUCCAGUGCCAUUAGUGGGUUUGUGAAGCUGGGCCUGAUCACCACCGACCCUUUUCCAGCAGAGGACUCCUCUAACAGGCCUGCCUCCUGGAAGGAUCUUAUCUCCCACCUCAUUGGGGUUCCACCUUCAGCCAGCACUGAAGCCUUCCAUGACGCUGUAUGUGACAAGUUGGGAAGGGACCAGGGCAAGAUGGAGGUGCUCAAGUGGUUUGGCAUGCUUGGAGAUGACCCCGUCCCACAGGCGGACUCUGUCCUGGAAGCUGUCACAAAGCAUUUGGAAGCCAAGCUCCAUUAUGAGCCGGGUGAGCGGGACAUGGUCAUUCUGAGGAAUGAGGUAGGAGUCCGUCGCCGUGGCGGAGAACUGGAGACCCGCCGUGCAGAGCUGCUUCUCUUUGGAGAGCCCGGCGGCCACUCUGCGAUGGCCAGGACCGUGGGCUUCCCCGCCGCCAUCGUCGCUCGGAUGCUGAUAGACGGUGAGAUUGAGAGGAAGGGCCUGGUGCUGCCUCUCAGCAGGAGUAUCUAUGGCCCUGUGUUACAGCGACUCUCUGCCAGAGGACUGUGCAUCAGUAGGACCUGCCCCGUCACAGGCAAGCACCUGUAGACCAAAUCUCAGACACGCCAGCUGCUUAUCUGUGUGUAACCUGCUUCCUAGCCCCACCUUUCCCUUGCACCAAGGGCCAUACAGAUAGUUGGGUGUAUUUUACUGUUUUGUCAGCUGUUUUUGAUUUGUGGACUGAAAAUAUUUCUUGGUUGGGGGGACAUUGUGUGGCUCAGUGGGUUAAGCUGCUAUGAUUAGAAGGUUGCAGGUUCAAAUCCCAAGGUUGGCAGAGUAACUUCAGGGUAACUCAGGCUUGAACCAGCAUGGUCACUCAGUGUGUUAUUUCAAGAUAAUGAUCUGCCGGGUGAUGUGACGCGCCACCAUCCAAUCUCCGACCAACACCCAUGAUGUGCCGGGCAACGCAACGCAAUAACAGAUACUGCUCUGCUGAGGCUUGAACCAGGGACCUUCUGAUCGCAGGCAUGGUCGCUCAGUGUGUCGCACAACCAUCCAUCCUCUGACCAACCACCCUUAAGGGUUCAAGAUAAUGAUCUGCCAAGGCUUGAACCAGCAAUUUUCUGAUCACAGGCACAGGGAGCAAAAUAUUUCCGUGGUCUUAGACUGGAUUAUAGACUAGACAUUAAUCACCGUUACCCUUUGCUCUAUGGAUUCAUCAUUUCCUUACCUCCAUUUCAGCUCCCAAAAGCAUAAUCAAGGACUAAAAUCGGUUUCUUAAAUGCUUUCCCCCAUUUUAAUACCAUCUUCAGAAAAGCCAGGCAAGAGUUUUGAAAUGUUCUCUAUGUUUUGCAUCAUCAGACAGGAAAUUAUAAAAUGGACUAAAAAAUUGUUUUAAUGAA